AUGGACGAGAAGAAUCGCAACAUUUCCGCCUCCUCCUUUGGCAAGCUGGUCGCCUUUGACCCUUCCGCGGAGCCGUCCUCUCACUACUGGUCUGAUUCGAACACGCCGACCAGAAGAAACUCCAUCCACUCUGCCUUUUCUCGAUCCGACGACCACCAGCACCAUGACGCCGCCGCCGCGUCUUCCCGUCUCGACAUGGAGGCCCAGCUGCACAAGCACUACAAGGGCGCCUCCGUCUUCGACAACACGUCCGACUUUCACGAAAAGGCUUCCUCGCCGGCGGCAGACCCCUACAGCCCCGACCGCCCCAGCCUAUCUUUCAAGCAGCGCCUUCAUCACUUCACAUGGGCCUGGUACACAUGGCCCAUGAGCACAGGCGGGCUGGCCUUGCUCAUCGGCAACCAGCUCAAGACGUUCCCUGGCCUCAACACGAUUGGCUUUGUCGUAUACAUUCUCAACCUUGUCAUCUUCUCCUUCGUCACCACCUGUCUUGUACUCCGCUUCUGCCUGCAUAAGGGCGACUUUGCCCGUUCCAUCACGCAUCCUCGAGAGGGCUUCUUUGUACCAACAGCCUUUCUUUCUUUUGCCACCGUCAUCACGAGUACGCACAAGUACUGGAUUCCUGACAAUGACGGAGCACUGUCGUGGGCCAUCCAAGGCGUCUUUUGGGGCUAUGUCCUCCUCACUCUGACCCUUGCCGUCGGCCAGUACAGCUUUGCCUUUGCCGCACACAGUCACAAGCUGCAGACCAUGAUGCCCACCUGGAUUCUCCCCAUCUUUCCCAUCAUGCUGUCGGGCACCAUCGCAUCCGUCAUCGCAAAGACACAGGCCGAAAUCUCCAUCUUGCCUGUUGUCGGAGCCGGCCUUACCUGCCAGGGCCUGGGCCUAUCCGUUGCCAUGCUCAUGUACGCACACAUGAUUGGAAGACUGAUGCAGUCCGGCCUCCCCAACAGGGAGCACCGACCGGGUCUGUUCAUGUGCGUAGGCCCGCCAGCCUUCACGGCCCUGGCUCUCAUUGGCAUGGCAAAGUCUCUGGAGCGGUCGAGUGCCCUCAGUGAAUCGCUGCUGGACAAGGUCGUUCUCUACAACCUGGCCAUUAUCAGUGCCGUGUUUCUCUGGGCCCUGAGCCUCUGGUGGUUCGGAAUCGCAGUCGUUGCUAUCAUCCAGUCGCCCCCCGAGUACUUCCAUCUGGGUUGGUGGGCCGCCGUCUUCCCCAACACAGGCUUCACUCUGGCAUCCAUCUCCAUGGCCAGAGAAUUCGGCAGCGAGCCUCUCAUGUGGUGCACCACGGUUAUGAGCAUCUGCAUGAUCUGUGCUUACUUGUUUGUCCUUGCAUUCCAGGUUCGAGCAGUCGUUAUCCAGGACAUCAUGUACCCUGGGAGGGACGAAGAUGUCGAAGAUCACUAG